CUUGUCCAGUGUCCCGCGGACACACCUCCCCCGCACGUCGCGCUCGGCAGCCAGCGCACAGAGCAGAGAGCUCAAGCCUACCGGAGCCGUUUAAAGAUGGCAGAACGACAGCAGAAACACGAAGGCGGCCGAGUGAAGAUCGGACAUUAUCUUCUCGGAGACACUCUGGGCGUCGGCACCUUCGGCAAAGUAAAGAUUGGAGAGCACCAGUUGACAGGUCAUAAGGUGGCAGUGAAGAUCCUGAACAGACAGAAAAUCAGGAGUCUGGACGUGGUGGGCAAGAUCAAACGAGAAAUACAGAACCUCAAACUAUUCAGACACCCUCAUAUCAUCAAACUGUACCAGGUGAUCAGUACGCCUACAGAUUUCUUCAUGGUGAUGGAGUAUGUUUCAGGAGGAGAGCUGUUUGACUACAUCUGCAAACACGGACGGGUAGAAGACAAAGAGGCUCGUCGGUUGUUCCAACAGAUCAUCUCAGGGGUAGACUACUGCCACAGACACAUGGUGGUGCACAGAGACCUCAAACCUGAGAAUGUUCUGCUGGACCAUUCCAAGAACGCCAAGAUAGCUGAUUUUGGGUUGUCAAACAUGAUGUCAGAUGGGGAGUUCCUGAGGACCAGCUGUGGAUCUCCCAACUACGCUGCUCCUGAAGUCAUCUCUGGAAGGUUAUAUGCUGGCCCUGAAGUGGAUAUAUGGAGCUGUGGUGUGAUCCUGUAUGCGUUGCUGUGUGGGACUCUACCCUUUGAUGACGAACAUGUUCCCACGCUGUUUAAGAAGAUCAGAGGGGGCGUGUUCUAUAUGCCAGAAUACCUCACUCGCCCCGUCGCCUCCCUGCUGCUGCUCAUGCUGCAGGUUGACCCAUUGAAGAGAGCCACCAUUAAAGACAUUAGGGAACAUGAGUGGUUUAAGCAGGACCUGCCAGGCUACCUGUUUCCUGAGGACCUGUCUUAUGACUCUACGGUUCUGGACGAAGAGGCCGUCAGGGAGGUGUGCGACAAGUUUGAGAGCACCGAGUCUGAGGUGAUGUCCAGCCUGUACAGCGGAGACCCCCAGGACCAGCUGGCGGUAGCAUACCAUCUGAUUAUAGAUAACCGUCGUAUCAUGACCCAGGCCAGUGAGUUCUACCUGGCCUCCAGCCCUCCCCAGGGCUCCUUCAUGGAGGAUGGCAUGCCCCUGCCUCCCGGGGUCAAACCACACCCAGAGAGGAUGCCCCCCCUGCUGAUAGACAGCCCUAAGGCACGCUGCCCGCUGGAUGCCCUCAACACCACCAGAGCCAAACCCCUGGCAGUGAAGAAAGCCAAGUGGCACCUGGGCAUCAGGAGUCAGAGCAGACCCUAUGACAUCAUGGCUGAGGUCUACAGGGCUAUGAGACAGCUACAGUAUGACUGGAAGGUGGUGAACCCCUACCACCUGCGUGUUCGGAGUAAGAACCCAGUAACAGACAACCUGGUGAAGAUGAGUCUCCAGCUGUACCAGGUGGACAACAGAUCCUACCUGCUGGACUUCAAGAGCAUCGAUGAUGACAUCAUGGAGGCAGUAGGAUUUAAGUCAGGUUCUUCCACCCCUCAGAGGUCAGGCUCCACUGCAGGGCUCCAUAGACCCAGACUCAGUGUGGACUCAGCCUUACCUGCCGUGGAUCUCCCCCAGCUCAGCUCCUCCCUGCCUGGGUCGCUGUGCGCCAGCGCUGCCCUCAUCACCUCCACCCCACACCAGGGCAGCCACACCAUGGACUUCUUUGAGAUGUGUGCCAGUCUCAUCACCACACUGGCCCGCUAGAGAAGGUUAACCCCGCUGGAUAACGUGAAGUCAGGAAAACUCCAGGUCCUACUUGCACAACCUCUAAAACAGAACCCUGCCCUGAGCCUUGUAGUUAGACAGUUUGAUAUCGAUGUGAUCCUGGCCUAAGUUUAGUAGAGCACUGUCCGCCUAACCACAUAUCUAGGGUCAGUUGUGUGUUGUUACCUCCCUAUGUUAUAGGUUUGGGCUGGGCCUGGGAAACUGAUUCUAGAUCUGUGGUUAGGCUUCCUGUCUGUCGAGAGCCAGUCUUGCCAUGGGAAAGGUUAGGGGUUAGAGAUCAAACUUGCUGGGGCAGGGUCACGUUAGGUCAAAUCUACUUCAUCCCAUAGACUGUAUGGGCAGCUCCUCCCACAUUACUCUCAACCUCCAAUCAGCUGCGGAAUAACUGCAAACAAUUUUACGCAUCCGGUUUUCAGGGAUACAGUUAAUUCAACUUAGCUUUCUUUUCCACUGAAAACCGGUUGUGUGAACUCCACUAAGACAUUUAUUUUAUGCCUACUAUGUUAGGUUACACAUUUAAUUUUUAUUUUAAAUGGUUUUUAUGACAGAUUGUUACCCAUAUAUUUAUAUUACUAUCAUUUUGAGUAGAUGAUUGAAUGACAUACCAAAACAAAUUGUUUUAAAGGUUGUGUGUGGUUACUGAUUAUUGAAGCACUGCUGAUGUUUGAAGAGAUUUUAGGUGAUGAGGUCGUAGAGAGGAGGCUAGCUGACUGGCAAUAUUGUUCUGUGGAUUAGUUGGCAUUGAUGCUAACGUGGCUACCAGACGGAGGGAGGGAAGUGUGUCUGUAGCGAGCCUCAGAGGACUCUACGGCACAGAACCUUUCUCUAGGUGCCUUAACACAAAUGUUGCUUCUAGCUUGGUGGCAAUGUUUUGUUUGUAGAAUGGAAACCAUACGUGUGUGUAAAGGAGUGACAGACCAGAGCUUGCCAUCGAUUGGUCAGGAGGAGAAUACAUACUGUAGUUAGUCAGCAGCAUACUCUCCUGCAUACCAAUACCACUGCUGGCUUGCUUCUGAAGCUAAGCAGGGUUGGUCCUGGUCAGUCCCUGGAUGGGAGACCAGAUGCUGCUGGAAGUGGUGUUGGAGGGCCAGUAGGAGGCACUCUUUCCUCUGGUCUAAAAAAAAUAAAUAUCCCAAUUGGGCACACUACCCUGGAGGUUGCUGACUUUCGGAUGGGAUGUUAAACAUCCCAUGGCACUUAUCGUAAGUGUUAACCCAGUGUCCUGGCUAAAUUCCCAAUCUGGCCCUUAAACCAUCACGGUCACCUAAUCAUCCCCAGCUUACAAUUGGCUCAUUCAUCCCUCUCCCCUGUAACUAUUCCCCAGGUUGUUGCAAAUGAGAACGUGUUCUCAGUCAACUUACCUGGUGAGGACUGGGCUCUGGCUAUCUGAUUCAUGCUAGUGUGUGUUUUGGUACCAUGAAGGUGAUCUGUUAGUGUGUUUUGAGCCACAGAGAAAAGAUCCUAAACCUCUUCUAUCCUAAGUAGCAGUGAGUGCACUCUGUAUGGAGACUAAACAUUCAAUACGGAACCCAGACCUACCUAUAUUAGAUAGAUAUAGAGCAGUGUUUCCCAAACUCGGUCCUGGGGACCCAAAAGGGAGCACAUUUAGUUUUGCCCUAGCGCUAAACAUCUGAAUCAGCUGUGUAGUGCUAAGGCAAAAAA